AUGACGGCUGUCCUGCCAGACGAGGUGGUCUACCACAUCUUUUCGUUCCUCGAUAGCCGCUCGCUCGGAAACGCGCUGCAAUGCAGCACGACCUUCUACCGCAUCGCCACAGCUCCGGCGCUGUGGGAGAUUCCCUAUGCUAUUCGCUGGUCAACAGGUGAUGCCGAGCGAGAGGAGAAGCGUCAGACUGCCCGUUGGCGACAGACCAGGCGCAUCGAGCAACUCGAAGCACACGCACGCAGAGCCAGGCUCGAAAAGGCGCAGCCAUCACACCCACCUACAGACCCGCCGUUUCGCUAUCUCCGACUGAAUUCAAAGCAUGCGCAUCUCGAAGAAUCGCCACAGACAGGAUCGGCUGCAGGCGACCCCGACUUUUACCGCCUCUUUAUCGAGCGUAUCGCUAUCGAUCAGCAGGUGCUCGACACACUCUACCAGCAAGUCGAGGCUACACAUGCACGCAUCCCGGCGGUCACCUCGCUCGCACGCCGAUUCGGAAACGAUGCAAAGGAUGUCCUUACCGCCGUGGUCGAGGCGCAGGCGAGCUAUCCAUCUGGUUCGACCCACGGUCUGCCGGCAUCGCCAACGCGCACCGCCUCAACAGACUUCCGCAUCAAUGCCUACCAGGCGCACCUCCCCACCACACUGCGCUCAGACACCCAUCACCUCGUCAUCUUGCACCACGCCAGGGAGAUCCUCGAGCACCUGCAACGACGCCAGGCCAUGCACAAGAUCGACCUACUCGCGCGCAUGGCCCACGACACUCCCGAGCCUCGCCUGGAGCCGUCCAUCUCGGCAGGCCGAUUCGUUCCUUCAGACACGGAAGCCGCCGUCUCGCUCCUCACCAUGUUUCGUGGAGGCGACGCGGCGUACGUCGAGGCUCAGCUCGAUGAGCUUGCGGCGGCUUGCGACUUGUAUCUACAGGAACGACUUCCAGAUCCGUCCACUCUGGCUACCAGCGGACCCGACGCGGUGGCAGCGGCCAAGGACAUGGCGCUGGCCAUCUGCGACUUUCUCGCCGACCACGGCUUCCGCGGUGCGCGCGACAAUCUCUUCACCGAUCUCGACAACCACUUUCUGCACCACUGCUUCACCACCAACCGCGAGACGCUGCCUCUCAGCCUCACGCUCAUCUUUUGCGGCGUUGCCACACGCCUCGGCCUGCGCGCCUCGCUGUGCAACUUUCCCAUGCGCAUCCUGGCGUUCGUCAUGGUCGACACUUCGGCGCCGCUUCCUCGGCCGGAUGAGACGCUGGCGUCGGUGCAACACGACAUGUUCUGGCUGGACGUCACCGAGCACACCACCGUCGCGUACAACGCACACGGGCCAACACCCACGGAUGCUUUUGCAAGACAACAGUCGUGGCUGGACCAGCGUCCUGCGGUGCUGGAUCGCGACGAUCUCACGAAUUGGAUCGGCAGGAUCGGCGUGCCGCCUUCGGACGACUUUUGGCGGCCUGCCUCGCCGGACGUCAUGGUUCAGCGAGCUGCGAGGAACAUCCUCAACAGCGUGCAGAUGGCCCAAAUUCGGCCGAGGAACUUGCAGCCUGGCAACCAAACCAGGAACGUCAUUCGGAGCAUCGAGCUGGAACAGAGAUCAGCGCGGCUCCAGCAGCAGUGGACGCACCUUGCGCGGGUCGACCUUGCAUUCCUCAGCUCUAUUUACGGCCGCAGCGAUGCUCACGAGCACGACCGCAUCACCAAGACCGUUGUGGAAGCGCUCGAGGGCCGUAUCGGUGGAGCGCAUGUGCCAGAAGACGAGACGACGUGGAGCAUCGUGCGUCGAUGGAGGGGCGAGUCGAUGCGUUCGCUAACCACCUCUCCCGAGUGUUGGUCACUGCCAGCCGUGCCAGCUGCGCAGCGCUUUCGGGAUUGGAUGGACGAGCGCGCUGUCGACAACGAUUGGACGCGUGUGCAGGACGAUCUGUACCGGCGCGCGGACCACUGGUCGGAGCACGAGCAGCAGGCAGCCAAGUACGCGGCGAUCAAUGCGCUCUUGCGGCUCAACACGCAGGUGAGCGCGCGCGAGGUCGACUGGAUCGCCGCGUUCCUGCAGAGCUACUUUAUGCUCGACGUCGACGUGAUCGAGCGCGACUUUCUCGGCAUCGAACAUGGCUCGAACCCGGAUCCUGCCCACGAUGCAGGGGAGGAGGAUGACAGUGAGGGCAGCGAGUCGAGUCAUGAGGCGAGCUGGUCGAGACGCGAGGAGCAGGAUGGUGGAGGGGGGAUUGUGCAGAAUGCGAGCGUGCGCGUGAUUCUGCGUCGCAUGCUGCAGGCGGUGCGCGUCAAGGAUGCCCAGCCGCCGCGUGUCAAUCGCCGCGCCGGCGCAGAGGCCAGACGCAAGCGACUGCGUCGCGCCCCGUCGCUUGCCACGGGCCAAGCUGACGCAUUGUCCGACGUUGCAGAGGGAGGGGAUGAGGAGGAUCUGAUUGGGUAUCGGGUGGGCACGGUCUUUCGUCACCACACAUACCGCUACGCCGGCUGCAUCCUUGGAUGGGAUCCGCACUGUGCGGCGCCGGAAGACUGGAUCGUCAACAUGGGCGUCGACCGUCUACCUCCCCCUCGGGCCGCAUCUCCAACCGCCUCACCGCGUCAGCGACGAGGUGGACGGCACCAGCCGUUCUACCACUCGCAAGUCGCCGACGGCACACGUCGGUACGUGGCCGAAGUCAACAUCGAGCGCGUCUCGGGCCCGAUUUGGAUCUACGGUCUACCUAACAACGCCGCUGCGGGCAUUGAGCCUGAGGAGGAGGCACGGUCGUUGGGUGCGGCAGUGCAUCAGAUGCUGGCGCUGCGUGGGCUCGGCGAGUACUUUCGAUGCUUUGACCAGCAGCGCUCCAUCCUGCGCCGCAAUCUCGAUUGCACCACCAUGUUCCCCGACGACUGGUCCGACGACGACGCAGAACAGCAACACCCUCGGGACGAUACGGUUGAAACCGAUCGACUUUCGGAAGACGGCAGUUGGUAA